CCCAAAUUCCCCCUCCUAUCAAGUUUAGAACAGCUCUGCCCGCCUCCCGCCGCCCAUGGAUUCCCCCGCCUCGUAGAAUCUGCACGCCAAAGCCCCGGAUUCUCGCCAAGGGGUCCAGCUGCGACGGGCCGCGAUGAGCCGGCCAUCGAGUUUCGUGCCGACGCCUGACCAGGAUGUGCUGGACAUCAAGCCCCUGCGGACCCUGUCUCCGAUGUUCCCGGCUCCGCUGGGGCUCAACACCUUCAACCAGCCGUCCAGCCCUGGCACCCCGCCCUUGGUGUUUGUCACUACAGCUGGGCAGUUUCCUGGGCUCAGGUCGUUCUCUGCUUUCGGUGCGCAGGAUGCUGCUGGACGGCGGCCUGCUUCGUGCAAUGGUCAGACUACAGGUUAUGGUGGCCAGCCUGCUGGUAGUGGAGGUCAGGCUGCAGGGUUUGGUGGUCAGCCUGCUGGUAAUGGAGGCCAGGCUACAGGGUUUGGUGGUCAGUUUGCUGGGAAUGGAGGCCAUGCUGCAGGUUUUGGUGGUCAGUCUGCUGGUGAUGGAGGCAGGACUGCUGCCAAUGGGGCUUCAAAUGCAGGCGCCAGUGCUGACAUGCCAAUUGACGCCAUCCCUAUCUCAGCCUACAAGUCGACACCGCCAGCUUCUGCUUUCGGUUGCCGGUCUGCUGAUAACGGAGGCCACACUGCUGCAGAUGGAACUUCAAAUGCAAGCGGCAGUGCUGACGCGCCAAUUUUCGCCACCCCUCUUGCAGCUUACAAGCCUAAGACGCCAAAUGUCAUACAACUGGAUGACGACGACGAUGAUGAUGAUUACGCUGUCAACCAGACAUCAGCAUCUGGGCGAGCAAUCAAGAGGCCAUCCCGCCUAAGUGGAUAUAGGACGAGUGGUGGUUUGGGCAGUGACAGCAAUAGUGGAGUGAAGAACAAGCGACACAAGUCCUCUAACAGGAUGGCUGGUACUGACCAUGAGUUUACCUUGGAGCCCCAUUCGUCCAGCGAUCCCAGGGAGGUUGUGGAGGAGGUUCUCAUGACCUUCGAGGCACUGCGGCGUAGGCAUCUUCAGUUGGAUGAGGCGCAAGAGACUGGCAAACGUGCAGACCUUAAGGCUUCUGCCAUCAUGAAUGCCAAAAAUCUAAGGGCUAACGCCGGGAGGAGGAUCGGAGUUGUCCCUGGAGUUGAGAUAGGGGAUAUUUUCUACUUCAGGAUGGAGCUAAGCAUUAUUGGGUUGCAUGCUCCUAGCAUGGCUGGGAUUGAUUAUAUGACUGCCACGUUUGGUGAUAGGGAUGAUGAUUCUGUGGCAAUAUGUAUUGUCGCUGCAGGUGUUUAUGAGAAUGAUGAUGAUGCCACAGACACGCUAGUCUACAGCGGUUCAGGAGGUAAUAACAGGAACAAUGAGGAUAUGCAUGACCAGAAGCUUGAGAGAGGUAACCUUGCCCUUGAGAGGAGCCUGUCGAGAAAGAACGUGAUCCGGGUUGUACGGGGAUAUAAAGAUCCAGGUUGCUUGGCUGGGAAGGUUUAUAUGUAUGAUGGCCUCUAUAAGAUUCAUGAGUCCUGGAAGGAGAGAACAAGAGCUGGGAUCAAUUGCUUCAAGUACAAGCUGGUGCGGGAACCGGGACAGCCUGAGGGAUUUGCAAUCUGGAAGAUGUCGCGAAAAUGGGUAGCGAAUCCAGACACUAGAGACAAUGUUCUACACCCUGAUCUAUCAUCUGGUGCUGAGUAUCUCCCGGUGUGUCUUGUCAAUGAUGUUAACAGUGAGAAAGGACCGGGCCUUUUCACCUAUAUUUCUGAGGUCAAAUACCUGAAGCCACUAAGUUCUCUGAAACCAUUACAGGGUUGUAGAUGCGUUAGUGCUUGUCUGCCUACUGAUUCCACUUGUGGCUGUGCGCAGUGUAAUGGAGGUAACUUACCAUAUAGUUCAACUGGGUUGCUUGUAUGCCGCAAACCUAUGAUAUAUGAAUGUGGUGAAUCUUGCCUGUGUUCAGUUAACUGCCGUAACAGGGUGACCCAGAAGGGGGCUAAGAUUCACUUUGAGGUCUUCAGGACAGAGAAUCGAGGCUGGGGUCUUCGUUCAUGGGAUCCUAUACGGGCUGGCUCAUUCAUUUGCGAGUAUGUUGGUGAGGUUAUUGAUGAUGAGAAAUUCAGUCUGGAUGACAGCGAAGAUGAUUACCUUUUUCAGACUGUGUGCCCUGGUCGGAAGACAUUGAAAUGGAAUUAUGGGCCUGAACUGAUAGGGGAGCAAAGCACAAACGUUUCACCUGAUACUUUCGAGCCACUGCCAAUUAAGAUAAGUGCAAAGAAGAUGGGGAACAUCUCACGUUUCAUGAACCAUAGCUGUGCCCCUAACGCCUUCUGGCAGCCAGUUCAAUUUGACCAUGGAGAUGAUGGUCACCCACACAUCAUGUUCUUUGCGCUCAAGCAUAUCCCUCCCAUGACAGAGCUGACCUAUGACUACGGUGAGAUUGGAGCUGAUUCUAGUGGUAUAGGUUCUCCUAGAGCCAAGAGCUGCCUCUGUGGAUCCUCAAAUUGCCGGGGCUACUUUUGCUGAUUAUGGAAGAUGUGAAUUCUGUUUCUCAACAUGCCAAUCUAUUUUCUAGAUAAUUUUUUGGCCGUUCUGGUGGUACCUGGAAGAAGGGAAGUGUGCUCAAGUCUGAAGGAGGUAGGAGCGUCUCAAGUGGCUCGCCUCAUGACUUGGCCGUAGUGGAAGUAUGUAGUAGAUUAUUGUCAAACUCCGCAAACUGCAAUGCCCGUUGUGACACAGGCAUGUUCUGAGUUCUGACCGUAGGCCUUGUGAGGUCAAUUUUGGUACUAGGUUAAGUUGAACUAAGCUCUUUGCGCGCAACUGUGAAUUCAAGCGCGUAAAGUGAAACUACCGACUAUAUCCAGAUUAAUAGGUUGGCAUAUUGUUCAGAA